AUGGCUGCUAAAAACCCAAUCUCAUCGAUACUUAACAAUUACAUCCUUGAUGGCACGAACUAUCCGGGUUGGCUUCAUAAAGUGAAACUUGUCCUUGAAAUGGAUGAGAUUGAUUAUGUGUUGACACAAGUCCCACCACAUAUUCCUCCCGACCCAACAGCAACUCAGGAAGAAAGAAAUGCUUAUGAGAAGCAUGUCAAGGAUGAUAGUAUAGGUAAAUGUUACUUACUAGCAUCCAUGAACGAUGAGCUACUAAAACAACAUGAAGAUAUGGAUGAUUGUACUUCCAUAUUGCUUCACCUUAAUGAGUUUUAUGGUGAAGGUGCUCGUAGCUUGCGUUACAAUACAAUAUGUGAACUUGUCAACACAAAGAUGACAAGAGGGACUCUGGGACUAGUAGGAAGUAGAAGACUCGGAAAAGGAGAAAUGGUACUAACUGUGGGUAAUGGCACUAAGGUAGCUGCCAAAGCUGACAAUAGAUUGAGAUGA